GCGCCCAAUUCGCGUCAAACUUACUUGUCUAUCCCACUUUGCUUCUUAUUUCCCGAAUUACUUGCCUGAGGUAUUUAUAAAGAAUUCUAAUUUCGGUAUAUUAGAAAUCGUCCUCCGAUCAGAGUGUUGAGUUCGGAUUCUGUCUCUGUUACCAUCUCGUACGAAAUCUUGAGCGCGACGAGACGCGCGACUGGCAAUAAUGCCACCACGAAAAUCGACAUCCUCUAUCCCACCCACCGAUAAUGAAGAUGCCGGCAGUCCUACGAGCGCAGCAGCAGCAGGCACACAAAUGACAGAGCAGCAGAUCAAAGCUCAAUCGGAUGGUGUCAGCGUGGAGGACCUUCUUCUUCCACGUGCAGUAACGCAACGACUCGCAAAAAGCGUACUACCACCUGACACGGCGAUCCAAAAGGAUGCGUUGUUGGCUAUUCAAAAGGCAGCUACAGUGUUUGUGUCGUAUUUAUCUUCUCACGCAAAUGAAGCCACCCUCAAACGCACUCUUGCUCCAUCAGACGUGUUAAACGCACUAUCAGAACUGGAAUUCGACUCGUUUAAACACCAGCUUGAACGAGAAUUAGAUGCGCAUAAUGAAGCACUCGCGGACAAAAAGAAAGCUCUGAAGGAUAGGAAAGCUGCUACCACGCAGACUGAAUCGAAAGAUGGAGACGACGUAUCAGUCGUACCUCCUGCAGUUGGAGAUGUCCAGAAAGAGAAGAAAGACGCCACGACGACGACGCCGCCGUCGUCCACACUCAAGGGAAAUAAACGUAUAAAGAGGGAUAGUGCCGGAAACGAAAAAGUCGAGAACUCGCCAAAUGAUGACACAGACGUUGACGAAGAUGAGAUUGAAGAAGAUGACGUCGAAGAAGAGGAGGCCGAGGACGAGGAAGUUGAAGAGGAGGAAGAGGAAGACGAUGAAACGCAAGAAGCAGAGGAUCUUGAUCGUGUUGAGGAUUUGGAUGGGAAGAUGCAAGCAGACUAUGAUGAUAGUGGUAGUGAUGACGAGGAUAGUGGGCCGGCAGCACAGCUACGCUCGACUAUGGGAUUUGGUUGA